CUUUGAUCUCUAUAUAAAGAGAGUAGUAGGGUUAGUUGAUUAUUGCAGGACUGAAGAAGUGAGGGCAAGAACUUUGCAGCAUACCAGCAUGAGCAUGAAGCUCUUCCAGCUCUUCUCCCUACUCCCAUUCUUCCUCUACUUCUACACAAUAGAAGCAGCCGUUGGCCCAUUGCAACUGACACACCCACUGGACCCCUUAACUCAGCAAGAAAUCACCCUCGUCAAAACCAUAGUCCUAAAAAAGUACCCCAAGCCAGCCAACCGCGUCUUCUUCCACUACGUCGGCCUCGACGAUCCUGACAAGGCCGCCGUCCUCAAAUGGCUCUCCUCCGGCGCCCGGACGCCGCGCAACGCCUUUUCCAUCGCCCUCAUCAAUGGCCAAAUCCACGAGCUCACCGUCAACCUUCUCUCCCCGCGAAACGUUGUCUUGGACAAAAUCCACACAGGGAACGGGUUCCCCACCUUAACGGAGGAGGAACAAACCGAAGCCCUAGAGCUUCUUCCCAAGUACGGUCCCUUUCUUGAGUCCUUGAAGAAGAGGGGCUUCAACGUGUCGCAGGUGGCUUGCACCACCUUCUCCGUUGGGUGGUUUGGGGAGACCAAGAGCACAAGGACUGUGAAAAUGGAGUGCUUUUUGCAGGAUGGGAGCCCCAACAUCUACGUGAGGCCAAUCAGUGGGAUAACCAUUGUCGCUGAUCUUGAAACAAUGAAGAUUGUUGAGUACCAUGAUGAGCUUAUUACGACUGUUCCUAAGGCGGAGAACACCGAAUACCGGGCUUCGCAUUUGAAGCCUCCCUUCGGUCCCAAGCUUCAUUCUUGGUCCUCCCGUCAACCGGAUGGACCAGGCUACACUCUCGAUGGACACAGUAUCAGCUGGGCCAAUUGGAAGUUCCACAUAGGUUUUGAUGAACGAGCUGGUGCGGUAAUUUCAACUGCAUCAAUUUACGACCCUGAGCUGCAUAAAUCACGUUCAGUACUAUACAGAGGGUACAUUUCUGAACUAUUCGUGCCAUAUCAAGACCCAACUGAGGAAUGGUACUACAAGACUUUCUUUGAUGCUGGUGAAUUUGCAUUCGGUAAAUCUAUGGUUUCUUUGGUGCCUUUGGAAGAUUGUCCACCACACGCACAGUUCCUAGAUGCAUAUUUUGCUGCAACUGAUGGUAGCCCACAACACUUGGAGAAUGCAAUUUGUGUGUUUGAACAAUACGGUGGUAUCAGUUGGCGUCACACUGAAACAGGCCUUGAUGAGAUAUUUACAGAAGUCAGAACAGAUGUGAGUCUAAUUGUUAGAUCAAUUGUUACCGUCGGCAACUACGACAAUAUAGUAGAUUGGGAGUUCAAGACAAGUGGUUCAAUCAAGCCCUCGAUAUCACUAUCAGGCAUUUUGGAAGUUAAGCCAGUGGACAUUACUCACACAGACCAAAUAAAGGAAGACCAACAUGGCACAUUGGUCUCAGCAAACAGCAUUGGUGUUUACCAUGACCAUUUCUACAUAUUCCAUCUUGAUUUUGACAUUGAUGGUGUGGAAAAUUCCUUUGUGAAGACCAGUCUCAAGACUCUACAAGUCACAGACAACAGUUCCAAGAGAAAGAGCUAUUGGACAACUAGUAAUGAAGUUGUUAAGACUGAAUCUGAUGCAAAGACAAAACUAGGGUUCAGUCCAGCUGAGAUAGUAAUUGUGAACCCUAAUAAGAAGACUUCCACUGGAAAUGAAGUAGGGUACCGUUUGGUUUCAAAUGCAGCGGUUCAUCCUCUUCUCACAGAUGAUGAUUACCCUCAAACACGUGGUGCUUUCACCAGUUACAAUGUUUGGGUUACACCUUACAACAAGACUGAGAAAUGGGCUGGUGGACUUUAUGUUGAUCAGAGCCGUGGAGAUGAUACUUUGGCUGUUUGGACUAAGCAGAAUAGGGGGAUUGAGAACAAGGAUAUUGUGAUGUGGUACGUGGUGGGAAUCCACCAUGUUCCGUGCCAGGAAGAUUUUCCAAUAAUGCCCUUGUUGAGCACCGGAUUUGAAUUGAGGCCAACUAAUUUCUUUGAGAGAAAUCCAGUCCUUAAGACCCUUUCUCCUGGCAUUGUUAAAUUUCCAGGUUGUGAGAAACCCUAGAUUUGCUUUUGAGCUUUGUCACUUUAAGUACAAUAUUGUUGAUCGAUAGAUCCGGAGAAACAUUAUCUUUUUACUAAUAUCGGUCAUAUGUGCUAAGGUGAGAAAAUAAUAAUUUUGAAUAAUGAUUCCUCUA